UUUAAUCUAUUUUUUUGUUAAAAAAAUGCAAACUUUAUAUAAAACAGGACUUAUAAAAAAAAAAAUAAUAAACAAAAUAUUUCAUGGGAAAUCAUACAUAAGAAUCAGCAAAUCCUGGACACAUAAUAGCAUAUAUAAAGCAUUAGACUGUUUAGAACGACGGCAUUUGGGUGUCAAUGGUUUCAAAGAAGAAAACCAUCUCCUUAAACAAAUUGGAUUAAAUGAUCUUGAUACAUUUAUCAAAAAAACUAUUCCUAGUAAUAUUUUAAUAAACGAAAAAGAAAUUGAAGAUGCUUUAGGUAAAGAACUUAGCGAAAGCGAAUUAGUUUCUCGUUUACGUAAACUUGCAUCAAAAAAUCGCCUUAUAAAAAGUCUAAUUGGAAUGGGUUAUGUUGGAACAAAUGUUCCCUCUGUUAUCCAGCGUAAUAUUCUUGAGAAUCCAGCAUGGUAUACUAGCUAUACUCCUUAUCAACCAGAAAUAUCUCAAGGUCGAUUAGAGUGUUUAAUUAAUUAUCAAACCAUGAUUUCAGAUCUUACAGAACUUCCUAUAUCUAACGCAUCAUUACUUGAUGAGGGUACUGCUGCUUCAGAGGCUAUGACAAUGGUAUUUUCUAUACUAAAACAAAAACGGAAAACUUUUUAUGUAGAUAUAAAUGCACAUCCACAAACAAUAGAAGUUCUCAAAUUACGAUCCUCUGGCUAUGGUAUCAACAUCGUUAUAGGAAAACCUACAAAAGAAAAAAUAGAACCAUUGAAAAAUGACAUUUUUGGAAUAUUAUUACAAUAUCCAGACACAUUUGGAGGAAUUCAUGAUUACACUUCUUUUUCUCAAUAUGUUCAUUCUUUUAAUGCUCAUAUUAUAUGUGCAGUUGACUUACUCUCUUUAACAUUAUUGCAAUCUCCAAGUCAAUGGGGAGCAGAUAUUAUUGUUGGUUCUUCUCAAAGAUUUGGAAUACCAAUGGGAUUUGGCGGACCUCAUGCAGCAUUUAUUGCAUGCAAUGAUCUUUAUAAACGUAAAAUUCCUGGACGUGUAGUUGGAAUUAGUAAAGAUCGUCGCGGAAAACUUGCCUACCGUCUUGCUUUACAAACACGUGAACAACACAUUCGACGCGAAAAAGCUACUAGUAAUAUUUGUACAUCACAAGUUUUGCUUGCUAUUAUGGCAUCUUUAUAUGCAAUUUAUCAUGGUCCUAUAGGACUUCAAAAUACAGCAAAAAGAAUUUUAAGUUUAACGAAAAUACUUGGAGAGUUUAUUAAAAAACAAGGACAUUGUCUGUAUAAUGAAAUAUAUUUUGAUACAUUAACUAUUAAAUUGAAAAACUGUAACGCUGAUCAACUUUUAAAAAAAGCGUUAUCAAAAAAAUAUAAUUUACGUCCUAUUGAUGAAGAAACUAUUGGUAUAACUUUAGAUGAAACAGUAACCGAAGAUGAUAUGAAACAUCUUUUUGAUAUUUUCACUAUAUCUAGCUAUAAUUUAGAAACACCUACAUCUAUUGCAAAAAAAUUAAACAUAUCAAUUGAAUCACCUGCUAUGUUACCAGAAAAAUUUCAACGAAAAAAUGAGUUUUUACAACAUGAAAUUUUCAAUUCAUACCAUACUGAAACAGAAAUACUUCGAUAUAUACAUCAUCUUCAAUCUAAAGAUUUAUCUUUAACGUGCUCUAUGAUACCUCUUGGAAGCUGUACUAUGAAAUUAAAUGCAACUACAGAAAUGCUAGGCGUUACAUGGCCGGAAUUCAAUUCUCUUCAUCCAUUUGUUCCAAGCGAUCAAGUAGAAGGCUAUCACAUGCUUAUUAAAGACUUAGAAAAUGAUUUAUUAUCAAUUACUGGAUUUAACGGAUGUACAUUUCAGCCGAAUUCUGGAGCUAGUGGUGAAUAUACAGGACUUCAAAUUAUUUCAAAAUAUCAUAAAGAAAAUAAUCAAGGUCAUCGUAAUAUAUGCCUUAUUCCAAUAUCUGCUCAUGGUACAAAUCCUGCUUCUGCUGUUAUGGCUGGAAUGAAAGUCGUUCCUGUAAAAUGUGAUUCUAAUGGAAAUAUACAAUUAGAUGAUCUUAAAAUGAAAGCACAACUACAUAAAGAUAAUCUAGCAGUUUUUAUGGUUACAUAUCCAAGUACUUAUGGUGUUUUUGAACCUUAUAUUGUAGAAGCAUUAAAAAUUAUUCAUGACUUUGGUGGACAAGUCUAUCUUGAUGGUGCAAAUAUGAAUGCACAAAUUGGACUUUGUAGUCCAGGAAAAAUAGGUAUUGAUAUCUGUCACUUGAAUUUGCAUAAAACAUUUUGCAUACCUCAUGGAGGGGGAGGACCUGGAGUUGGCGUAUGCGCAAUGAAAGAUCAUUUAUUAGAUUACAUUCCUGGUCAUCCAAUAGUUGAAACAGGUGGAAAAAAAGCUAUUCCUCCAGUCGCUUCUGCACCUUGGGGUUCUGCUAGCAUUUUACCUAUUUCAUGGGCUUAUAUUAAAAUGCUAGGAGGAAAAGGCCUUAUUCGUGCAUCAAAAAUUGCACUUUUAAAUGCAAAUUAUAUGGCAUCUAAACUAUCUAAACAUUAUAAGAUAUUAUAUACUAAUUCAGAAGGAAUGUGUGCCCAUGAAUUUAUUCUAGAUGUCCGUGAAUUUAAAAAAUUAGGAAUUGAAGCUAUAGAUAUUGCUAAACGUUUGCAAGAUUAUUCAUUCCAUGCUCCAACAAUGUCUUGGCCUGUAGUAAAUACUUUAAUGAUAGAACCUACAGAAUGUGAAAGUAUAGCAGAAAUGGAUAGAUUUUGUGAUGCAUUAGUCUCUAUUAGAAAAGAAAUAAAGGAAAUUGAGGAAGGAAAACAACCUAAAGGAAAUAAUUUGCUUUCUAAUGCCCCACAUCCAUUAGAUGAUUUUAUUUUCGAGGAAUGGAAUAAACCCUAUACUAAAGAACAAGCAGCUUAUCCUUUGGAGUAUCUUAAAAAGCGAAAAUUUUGGCCCUCUACUGCUAGAAUAGAUGAUGCUUGGGGUGAUUUAAACUUUUUUUGUAGUUGUGAGCCGCCUGAAGGAUUUUUUAAAUAA